UUUUGUAUGUACAUACAUAAUGUGUAUAUAUAUAUAUGUAUGUACUUACAUUUUUUAUUAAUAAAAUUAGUGUUUGAACUCAACAAAUAAUUUAUGAAAAUAAUUUGUUCAAUACAUAACGUAUAUAUAUUUUAAAAUUACGAUGUCGUCAUCAAAUAUACCGUUUACAACUGUUAAAAGUAAAACUCCUGAGAGUCUAGCUGAAGAUUUGAGGCAGUGUUUAAAAGAAAGGGCCUUUAUGCAUAGACAAUUCUAUUAUAGUUUAUCAAAUUUCCCGGAGAGAAAAAAUUCAAAUUCAAAUGGAAAAUUUGAUGAAAAAACUGAAGAGCUACCAUCAACAUUAACUGAAGCAAAUUUACAAUUACAUAAUAAGAACAUUGAAUCCGAAAUGAAAAAACAAAACAACAUCAUAAAUCAAGCAUCAGUUAAUAAGGGCACACAUUUUUUUCCAAAAAGCUUUUCAAACAAGUUUAAAAAACAACAAAAACAUGAAAAAAACAUAAACUCGAAACCUGACAGCAGCAAUAAAUAUGUGAUAAGAACAAAAGCUCAACCAGAUAUUCUAAUGUCUAAAACUUAUGAAAAAUCAAAUAAAACUAUCUAUGAAUCAGAUGAUGUUAAUGAAAACAAAAGCAAUAUGAAAUUUUUUUUAAAUAACUAUAAAAAACUGCAGUCAGAAUCUGAAGAAGUUAAAAUGAAAACAAAAGAUAUUCAAAACAUUAAUUAUAAUGCAUUUGGGAUUAAAGGAAAUAAUUGUACUUCAAUGCAAUUUAAAGACAAUAACCCUACAGAAAAAGUUAAAUUAGAUAGCACUAAUUACAACCUUAGCAAUUAUGGUUCUAUUGAACAAAAAUUUUCAAAAAUUUUUACUAAUACAUCUAAUUCUCAAUUAGAAUAUGAUAAAGAAAGGCACAAUUAUAUUACCGCUGAAAUUACACCUGAUGAAACACGAAUUAAUGAUUUUAUUUCUGUGAGAAUAAAUAAAAAUGAAAAUGGAAAAACUAUUACAAAGCUUAAAGAUGGUUUUCAAACACAAAAAAAUAUAUUAGCACCGUUGACAAUAUCACCUCUUUCUAUGUAUUCAACAAAAUUAAAUGAAUUAUUAAGAACGUCGUCGUCAUCGUCAUCGUCGUGUUCGGUAAAUAUUCAUUCUCAGAGUAAAAAUAGAUAUCUCAACGAUAUAAAAGAUAACAAUAAAAACAGUUAUGUGAGUAAAAUUAGUCGUGAUAUUACUGUUAAUCGGGCUAGACGUCAGCACAUCAGAAAUAAUAAUAUUAUAAAAAUUGAUAACAGCUUUUUAAAAUCAGCAGAAAGUUGCGAAACAUUCAACGAAAACGUUGAAAAUUUUUUAAAAAAUAAAAAACGCUCAAAAAAAGAUUUUCGUAUUUUUCAACCAAUUUCUCAGAAAGGACCGUUACUCACUAAACGUAAAUUGGAUUUAUUUGCAAAUUUUUCUGGUAGAAAACUUAAGUCGAAACUUCAUCUGAAACAACAGGUUAAAAAUAAAUUGAAAAAUUGUUUAAAAAAUUUUGCUUAUGAAAAUAUUAAAACAUCCCCACUAAUUGCGGAUCUAAAGAAAUGUGUACAAAAAUUCCAGGAGGAAAAAAUUGUGAACGCUGUUAAAUUAAAUUCUCGAAAAAUGAUUGACAUUAAAAAAACAGAACCAGCACCAACCACAGAAUCUUUAACUACGGAAUAUUCAAGUAAAACAAUAAGUCCUGUUUCAGAUGAAGGUUGUUUAAUUGGACAAUUAAGUUAUUCUGACUCCGAAGAAAAUAUAUUAAGAAAUUAUACGAGAAAAUCCAAAAAGGUACCGAGAUCUACAAGUCAUGAUUCAGCUUUGGGAUUAGAAGAAGAUUUUUCUUGUCUUGCAUUUAUUGAUCGUAGAAAAUCAACAGAAUCAUUUUUCCUCCCUGAAAAAAUUUAUAAACAAAAUAGCAAAGAAAGGAGGAACACACUUACAAUAGCAGAUAUUCCACUACGGGCAGCACUUUUACCGUUGCCGCAACCUAUUGAUUUGCCAGAUACAACAAAUAUAUGCGCAAGCGAGACAAAAGAAAAACAACAGCAAAAAGCAACUACUAGUCAAACAGCAGUUCCCAGUAAAGUACUAAUUGAAGAGCGCAUUAUUGAAAUUCCAAAUGAAAUCGGACAAAUAAACACUUCAAGACGUGAAUCUGCUCAAAGUUGUAGUAGUGAAUAUACAAAUUCAAGCGAAUAUGGUGCAAAACGUUAUGUACGUACUCCAUCUGUUGUCGUUUCUGAUUAUUCUGAUGAUGUUCUAUGUGGUAUAACACUUGAAGAAAUUGAAUAUUUUCGUAAACAAAGAAUGCGUCGUAGAUCUUCUGACGAAACUGCUACAACAGAAAAAGAUGAUGCAUUAUCAGAUGUUAGUGGUGCUUCAUCAUGUAGUAAUUUGUAUUAUUGUGGCUCAACGAUAAGUGCUUUAGAUGGUGCAGAUUGUUAUAUUAAUGGUAUACGAACAAGGAUUUUCCGUAAAAAUUCAGAUUGCUCAGUAUGCAGUAAUUCAUCACAGAUUAGUUGUGAUGAAGAUGAAGAAGGUGGCGACAGUAGUUAUGAUUGCUCUGAUGAUAUUUUUCAUGAAGAUACAACAAAUAACAAGAGAGAGACGUCAUCUAAAAAGAAGACUUCUGGUUGGAGAAAAAUACGGAAUAUCGUACAAUGGACACCAUUCUUUCAAACAUAUAAAAAACAAAGAUAUCCAUGGGUUCAACUGGCAGGCCAUCAGGGUAAUUUCAAAGCUGGUCCGGAACAAGGCACUGUAUUAAAAAAAUUUUGUCGAAAAGAAGAGAUAUGCUUUCAAAUUCUUAUGAAAGAUGUACUACGACCAUAUGUACCUGAAUAUAAAGGACAAGUAACCAGUGAAGAUGGAGAAUUAUUCUUACAAUUACAAGAUCUUCUUAGUGAUUUUAAUCAACCAUGUGUAAUGGACUGUAAAAUAGGUGUACGGACUUAUUUAGAGGAAGAAUUAUUAAAAGCUAAAGAAAAACCUAAAUUAAGAAAGGAUAUGUAUGAAAAAAUGAUUCAAAUUGAUCCAUGUGCGCCCAAUGAUGAAGAACACAAAGCAAAAGGUGUAACAAAACCAAGAUAUAUGGUUUGGCGAGAAACUAUAUCUAGUACAGCAACAUUAGGAUUCAGAAUUGAAGGAAUCAAAAAAAGUGAUGGUACUAGCUCCAAAGAUUUUAAAACAACAAAAACAAAAGAACAAAUAAAAGCAGCUUUUAAAGAAUUUGUUGAAAAUUUUCCACAUUCAGUUCCAAGAUAUCUUCAAAGGCUGCAAGCAAUCAGAGCAACUUUAGAAUGUUCAGAUUUUUUUAAAACUCAUGAAGUUAUUGGAUCAUCUUUAUUAUUUGUACAUGAUGAAAAGCAAGCAAAUAUUUGGUUAAUAGAUUUUGCAAAAACUGUUUCAUUACCUGUUAACUAUCAAAUUGAUCACAAUACAACUUGGAAAGUUGGAAAUCGUGAAGAUGGUUAUUUAAUCGGUAUUAAUAAUUUAAUUGAACUUUUUACGAAAAUAAAUCAAGAAUUAUGCAACGAUGUAUGUUCUGAUGAAAAAUCAUCUUAAAAUUUAGGGGAUUAUUAUCAAUACGCAUUAUUUAUUUAAAUUAUUUAUAACACUAUAAAUUAGAAUUAAUUUUUAAAAUAAAAAACAAAUAUAAGGAUAUGUAAAUUCAAAUUAGAAACUAAGCAAAUGCAAUAAUUCAUUCAAUCAAACAUGUUAUCUAGACACUAAAACAUGUUGCACAGACAAUUUUUUUAUGAAGUAUAAAUUUUAAAUUAAUUAAUUGACUUAUGUUUAAUGAUCACUUAAAUUAAGUUGAAUUUUUAUUUAAUUGAAAUUUCAAUAAACACAUAUUUAUAUAAUCGAUGGUAUUAUGAAAUAUGUAUGUAUAUUCAAGUUAAUUUAAAAUUUGUAUAUCAUUUAAUCAAAAGGCACAAAGCAAAAGUUACAAAACUUUUUUUGCACAUGUAUAGUUGUCAGAUAUUUUUUUAAUUGCAUAAAAAAUACAUUUCAAACACAAAUAUACGCUUUUAUUUACAUUCAUAUUACAUUUUAAACACGUAUACAUAAUAUGUAUAUAUAUUCAAGUUUAUCAUGAUUAUAAUAAGCUAAAAAUUAAGUCAUAUU